ACAGCGCGCUCCGGCCGGAAAUAGGAAGCGGCUGAGCCUGAGGCAGCGGCGGCCGCUGCCGGGAGCGAGUCCCGGAGAUUCCCCCCCGCUCCGCGCCUCUCCCGGGGUUCCUGCCGCCGCCGCCGCCGCUUCCCGGGGACCCGGCUCCCGCUCCCGGCUGCCAGGGGCCCGGAGCCCCCCGCGGGUGCGGGCAGAGCCCCGGCGAGGGCCCGGGGGGGGAUCCCGAGUGAGUCCGGGGGGGCAGCGCCGCUGGGGGCGACCCACCUUGAAAGGGGGCCCGGGGCGGUUCAUUUCCGGGGGGUGGGGAGCAGGGUCCGCCCCCCCGCCCUCUCUCCGCCAUGACGGGCAAGUCGGUGCGGGACGUGGACCGGUACCAGGCGGUCCUGGCCAGCCUGCUGCUGGAGGAGGAGAACAAGUACUGCGCCGACUGCCAGGCCAAAGGGCCACGAUGGGCAUCCUGGAAUAUUGGCGUGUUCGUUUGUAUUCGCUGUGCUGGGAUCCACCGGAAUCUAGGAGUUCACAUAUCCAGGGUGAAAUCUGUCAAUCUCGACCAGUGGACUCAAGAACAGAUACAAUGUAUGCAAGAGAUGGGAAACAGAAAGGCAAAUCGUCUCUAUGAAGCCUACCUGCCAGAGACCUUCAGGCGGCCUCAGACAGACCAAGCCGUGGAGGGCUUUAUCAGAGACAAAUAUGAAAAGAAGAAAUACAUGGAUCGAAGUCUUGACAUCAAUGCACUUAGGAAAGAAAAAGAUGACAAAUGGAAAAGGAACAGUGAGUCAGCAUCAGAGAAGAAACUGGAACCCAUUAUCUUUGAGAAAGUGAAAAUGCCGCAAAAAAAAGAUGAAAUGCAGCCACCAAGAAAAAGUCCCCCUAAAUCUACUGAACCUGUAAUGGACCUGCUAGGACUUGAUGCUCCUGUGACAAGCACUAUCCCAAAUGGCAGACCCAGCAGCAGUUUAGAGAAGGAUCUAGAUCUCUUUGGUUCUGUGGAAUCUAACUCACUCUCUGACUCCAAGAAGAUCACUGGCUCUAUGCCAACAGCUGGAAGCGCUGGGUCUGUGCCUGAAAACCUGAACCUGUUUCCUGAGCCAGGAAGUAAAGUGGAGGAAACGGGAAAGAAACAACUCUCUAAAGACUCCAUUCUUUCCCUGUAUGGUUCUCAGACACCCCAGAUGCCUGCCCAAGGAGCAGUGUUCAUGGCCCCAGCUCAGAUGGCAUACCCUGCAGCGUACGCUGGCUUUCCAGGUGUCGCCCCACCCAGCAGCAUGAUUGGUGGCAUGAUGGCCCCGCCAGUAGGAAUGAUGGCACAACCAGGAGCUCCAGGGAUGGUGACUCCCAUGCCUAUCCCAGCUGGAUACGUGGGUGGCAUGCAGACGCCUGUCAUUGGCGUCCCCAAUGGAAUGAUGGCAGCGCAGCAGGCCGGGUACGUCGCUGGCAUGGCCGCGGUACCACCGCCAGUGUAUGGUGUGCAGCCAGCUCAGCAGCUUCAGUGGAACAUUGCGCAGAUGACCCAGCAGAUGGCUGGGAUGAACUUUUAUGGAGCUAAUGGCAUGAUGGGAUAUGGACAGUCAAUGGGCGGAGGAAGUGCCCAGGGAACCAAUCAAACCCUCAGCUCUCAGAUGUGGAAAUAACCCCUUCCCUUCCCAGUAUUAUGACCACUUUUUUUGCCUUUUUGUUUGUUUUAAAACUGCUCCAUGAGACAUUCAGGGUUUGUUUCUGGCUCUCUGUUCAGCCUGAAUCUUUGUUUUCCCCAUAACUGAGACCCAGCUCUUCCUUUUCACUGUCAAAACCACAGGGAAACCUCAGAGACCAGAACACCACUUGCAUUCAGCACAGUGAAAUGCAAAUGCUCUUGGGGGCAUGGUCUCCCCCUUCUCCUGGGCAUCUCAGGGGAGGGACGAUUGAGGUAGCUGUGAAUUGCAUUACUGGCUGCACGUCAGGCCUUUUGGGAAUUGGAUUUAAAUAAAAUUGUCCUUGUGGGUUUUUGUUUGAUAAGGGAAAGUCCCUGAGGAACUGGAUUUUAAUCCAACCCAAAUCCUAAAUCACGCCACCUCUGUUCUUCUCUUUUGCUGUGGCGUUCUUUGGAGCUGAGGCCUCGCUGUGCUUGGCUAGUCAAUCUUCAUUGGAACCAAAGUCAUGUUGAAGACCCCUCCUGUGACCAAACAGGAGUGUCACACAGGAUGGGACGCACACUGUGUUUGGAAUGUGAAACUUGCACUUCUUCAGAGUGGCUUUUUCUGUCUAAUCUGUGGUGUUGAUGUAAUUUAAAAUAAACCAAAAAAAACAAAACCUUUUAAUGAACUAACCAAGAUAAUUAAUUUAUAGAGGGCCAAGAGCCCAUCACAAGUAUUUCUUACGCUUUUAAAAUGACCAUGACAUCCUAAUUUAUACUUUUUCAUAUCUGUUUUGUUCUUGUGUAGUCCCCAACCCCAACUUUCUCUUGACAUUCUGAUACCGAAGCAUAGAAGGGGGGGCUAAAGGGGCAGGUUUUUCUGGUCCCUCACAGCCACCUCACUAGACAGCCUACAUUUGAAAGAUUUCAUCAGCGUGAGCAAAAAUAGUGAGACGUACCUGGUUUACUUUAUCCUGUGUAUAUGUAAAUUCCUUAAUAAAACAUUGCAGUGAAACGUCA